AUGACCCCUCCUCGACGCGGACGGUCGCCGCCUCCACACUUCGACGACGAUUCCUCCAUCCUGCCUACUCGCCAGAUUGAGAAUUUCACGCGCACUGCUGUUACAACCGCAUCGUCUCUCAUCGCUUCGCCCUUUUCCAACAAUGAUGGUGCGCCUGGACAUGAGCACUUUCGCUCAGCCUUGCGCCUGUCAAAACGGCCGAUGAUCCAGCGCUCCGUUUUCUCGUUCGCCAAAGCCAACCCUCGCGAGCUUAUUCGUUCCAAUUUCAACACAUCUGAGAUCGAGCAUCGAGCAUUGACAUACCUCCCCGAUGAGCUCCUACGGAACAUGCCCGAGAGCUCUUCUCCGUUUAGUCUUUUUGAAGGAUUCCGCGCCAGCUUACCGGAAGGAGACAGCCCGCCGAGGAAAGGGAAACGGGGCCACGGUCGACAUGGGAGUAAAGUGGGACAGAAGAUGUUGGAAGGGGUGGAAGAGGAGCGCAGUGGGCCGCCGAAGUUACAGAAGGUGCGGAAGGAGAAGGAUCGAUUGGAGCACAAGUUGGAAAUGAUGGGGAUCCGUAAGACCAUGUGCGCGAGCGAGAUUCGCGAAAUCGACAACAAGAUAACAAACCUCAAUACCAUGCGAAAGGUCAUUCUGGAACGACUAGCCGGUCUAGAGGAGGAGGAGCGAGAUAUUGAUCUUGAGCUGGGAGAGGUUCUGGAGAGGUUCGAGAUGGUACAAGAGCAGAUUGCAGACGAGGCGGCCUUGGCUGCGAAGGCCAGUCCUGAGGCAGAACCGGACGCCGCGGACAAUGCUGAAGGUGAGAGCGAUGGCUUCAUGAGCGAAAGUAUUUACGRGCAGCUCCCUAAAGCCGUUGCUGCGCCAUCCACACCACCAAAAACUAAGCGGAAAAAGACGCCCAGGCGAGUAUCGAGUAUGCCGGUAUUGCACGAACACAUGGAGCCUGGCAGUCGUAUACGAGAGCUCCAGGCGCACAACGACAUUAUUACGGCCCUCGACUUCGAUGCGCCUUUCGGUGUGGCGGUGACAGCUGCACUGGAUGACACUGUCCGUGUAUGGGAUCUUAACGCUGGGAGAUGCAUGGGUCUGCUCGAAGGCCACCUCUCCAGCGUAAGAUGUCUACAGGUUGAGGAUAGCAUCUGUGCGACUGGAAGUAUGGACGCCAGCAUUCGCCUUUGGGAUCUCAGCCAGGCAGACUAUAAUCCUCAAGCUCCAGCGGAAACGCUUGUAGAAGAGGAGGGUGAGGAUGAUGACGCAUUAUUCGAGUCACCGGCCCAACAGCAGGUUCGGGCACCUGCUCCCGAACAGACAGGAGAUGCCAUGAAAGAUUGUCACUUGUUCACACUCUCUGCACACGUCGCGGAGAUCACAGCUUUGAACUUCCGCGGCAACACAUUAGUAUCGGGCUCCGCAGACAAGACUCUCCGGCAGUGGGACUUGGAGAAGGGGCGGUGUGUUCAGACCCUGGAUGUGCUGUGGGCUGCUGCGCAAGCCGCGUCACAAGUGAACCCCGGCUCCUCGUCAAACCUCAACCCCACCAUAACUACAGGCGGUGGCGCUGACAGCGGAGGAUGGUGGAGACCGACCGGCGGCAGACUACAGUCCGCGGAAUCAGACUUCAUCGGCGCGCUGCAGGUCUUUGAGACAGCACUUGCGUGUGGUACUGCGGACGGAAUGGUCAGACUGUGGGAUUUAAGGAGCGGAAUGGUACAUCGGAGUCUCGUGGGACACACAGGCCCUGUUACGAGCUUGCAGUUUGAUGAUGUCUAUCUUGUUACCRGGAGUCGGGAUCGAAGUAUUCGGAUAUGGGAUCUUCGAACAGGCAACAUCCACGAUGCUUUUGCGUACGAUGCGCCAAUCACAGCGAUGCAGUUUGACGCUCGACGAAUCGUGGCCGCCGCUGGUGAGGAUGUGGUCAAGGUAUAUGACAAAACCGAUGGGAGGCAAUGGGAUUGCGGAGCUGGAGUCAGCUGGAAUGAGGGUGAAGGUGGUGUGAAGCCGUCUGUCGUUGAAAGAGUCAAGAUCAGAGAUGGCUAUAUGAUAGAAGGGAGAAGAGACGGUGUCGUUGGGGUUUGGUCAUGCUGA